AUGACCACAGCCACAGCACGCGCAAAGCGUCCUUUUGUAGGUGGUGGUGCUUUCAAGGAUCGAGAAUUGGCCAAUAGAGCACUUGAAAGCGAGAAAAGGUUGCGAGAGUUGAUGGGCAUGUUGCUUGAAGCUCGUACUGCCACUGCCUCUAUCCUAGCCCGUUUGGUUGAAGCUGAUGAUGAUGAGUGGGAGGAUGUCAAUGAUGAUGACGAGGAAGAGUGGGGGGAUAUUGAGGACGGAGAAGAUUGUGAAGGUGUCGAUGAUGAGGAUGAUUGGGAGGAUAUCGACGAUGAGAAUGAUUGGGAAGAUAUCGACGAUGAAGAGGAUGACGAAGAGUUGGAGCAUCUUGAGGAUGAGGAUGGUGGGGAGGAUAUCGAUGACGACGAUGACUUGAAAGACACCGAGAACGCUGGAUCCGCGUUACUAAGUUCGUUGCGAGCAUUGAUGCAGCCGCUGACAGUCUCAAGUCCAUCGGACCCACCAACUCAAGCACCUACACUACCAGAGUCAUCACGAUGCGACUCCGAGAAUGACUGCUCCUCUAACGACCAUUCUUCUGACCUCAUUAGCGACCCCACUAACGACAAUCCCUCUAUCGACAGCUCUUCAGACAACAAUUCCUCCUCAAACUCCUCCAUAUUCCUAUCCUCCUUCUUAUCCAACAACCCCCCUACCAAAGACUACCCCCCUAUCGGCCACCUAUCCUUCACCACCAUCUCCGAAGCCUGCACCGCCUACUACUCCAUGUUACAGAACGUAGAGAAUCUACUCGUAAAGUGGUAUCACAAGGACGAUGUAACAGCACUUGUCAAGACCUUGAUCGAAUCUGCCCAGGCGUCGUAUGCCGAGCAGGAGGAGUUUUGGAAGGAUAGGCGCAUAGUUCAGGAGUGGUUUGGAGGUAUAGAUGGGUAG